GUAACGUCCUAAAUCUGGAUGUAAACAAUUAUGAAAAUCAAGACAUGGUGAUCAUAUAAACUUAGUAUAUAUAUAAUCCUUAAUUAAUCGACAAACAGCCCUGAAUAUCCGAGGCAUUUACAGAAAAUAUAUGAUUAUUUGAGAAUAAUGAAAUUAAGUUGGCUGACAGCAUUAGUGCUGUGCGCAUGCGUGACGAUAGACAUCGCAGAAGCCAGUCACCAUCACUACAAGAAAAGUGUCAUUGUGCAUACCCAGCAUCCCAAGAAGAAAUUUAAUAUUAUGGCCCGACCACAGUCAUCACCUGAUACUAUGACUGUGGUUAUGAAAGGUUUAGACGGAGCUCCUGGAAAACAAGGACCACAGGGCGAUCCUGGGAAACCAGGUCCACCCGGACCGCAAGGACCUCCGGGCGACCAAGGUUUAAAAGGAUUCUGCCGCAGAACACAGUGUGAGAAUGAACAGCUCAAACUCUUGAUACAACGCAUACUGGCCCUCGAAAAAUACGUGAACAGUAAGAUCAAGAAUGGAAAACGUCCUCCAGCCUGUAAGAACUCUACAACAGGUAAACCAAACUCUCCUGCAUGCAUUCUAGCUGCUUCUGUAAUUACCAUCGUGCCUCUCACUUCAUCGCCACAAGGCAAGCCUAAUCAAGGAGGCCAACAGGGUAAAGGUCAAGGUCAAGGCAAGGGACCGAAUCAAGCCGGCGUAGGGGGUCCAGUACAGUUCAAACCACCUCAAGGUGGUCCUAAAGGUCAAGCCGGCCUAGGGGGUCCAGCACAGUUCAAACCAACUCAAGGUGGUCCCAAAGGUCCAGGUCAAGGUCAGGGUAAGCCAGGCAGCAGUACUAUGAAUCUAGCCCUGACAUCUUCUCCUUCGGGUGCCGGGAGUGCUCCUGGUGCCUCGUGUGCCCCCGGUUCAAAAGUACAAUCUCCAUGUCCAACCGCACCAUCUGUCGUCGGAACCCCCACAGCCAAACGUCCGGCCCCUCCGACAGCCCAACCCUUCGUAACCUUGCAGGGGGCGACAUCCUACGAUUUUUCUUUACCGCCUGUAGCUGCCUUGCCUCGGCAAGAGACAGUCGUUGGAGGACCGCUGAAUCAGUACACCGCAAUCCCUGCCAACUGGGUUACGUCUGGUAUUGGACCCAUAGACUUGAAGCCGGCGUUGUACCGUCGAACACCAAUAAGCAGAACAGACAAGGAAAACUUCUAUUCACAGGGAUGGAAUUUAAUAAAGAAACACAACAUUCCUUCCGGCCACGGACUGUUAACUCACAAGCUGGCCCGUAAAAUGUUAAGCAAGUCGAAGGAUAAAAAAUUGAAGAUCUCCAAACCAAAAACCACCAAACAUUCACGUCACCAUCACAAAGAAAAACACCAUCAAAAAGUAACCAAUAAGAAGAGCCAUCGUGUCAAAACAAAAAAAGGCGCUGUUAAGAAACGUCACUGAUGUUAAAAUAGUAGUCAAAAUUAAGGGAUAGUUCUAGAGGACUGUCAAUUAGUUGGCAAAUAAAAAAACAAAAGAUAAAUAGCAAUAAAGAUUCAGGGCGUGGAUUCAAGGAUAGGAUUGUGGGGUGUAGUGAGGGAGGGAUGGCUUCCUUCCCCAUGUAAUAGUAGUAAUAAAUUAUGCGUUCGGUGUAUAUAUAAUGAAGUAGAGAGAAUUAGUAAUGGGUUAAUACUGAGUUAGCGCGGCUACCAUGGACAUCAUACUAGUGAACUGGGUGCAACAUUUUAACUUGGGGAUAGACCAAUCACAAAGAGGGAUGGAUUGUGAUAAUCAUAUAUUAAUACGAGGUAUAGAUGUAUAUAAUAGAAUAUUAGCAAACGAUGUACUGAACAUAAUUUAUUGUGGCUUUUCGAAAUUAUAAAAAAUAUCUCAUCUAGUGUGUAUAAAUUACAAAACCUUUUUGAAAUAAAAAACGUUAUCAUAGCAAUGGUGGAAUGGUGUACUUGAUAUAUGUUAAAUCCAAAUCUCAUAUAACUCUUUUGGGCUAAAUCCCCUAUAUAAAAAUCAUUUUGAUAUACAUGGCUUAAAGUAAGGCUUCCUUUUCAAGUAUCUUGGGAACAUGGUUACUUGCUUUUCUUAUACUUGUGUUAUCCAUUUGACCUCUCGACUAAAUUAGCAAAGAAAGGGAGCAAGGGAGUAAGGGAGCAAGGGAGCA